AUGCAGACGGUGCAGACGCUGCUGCGCCAGGACGUCGGCCUCAGCGCCUACGAGGCUCCCGAGCGGCCGUGUCCCGUCUCGUUCCACUGGGUCCCCUCGGCCCUCGACCUCCGCCCGGGCGAGCUCGACGCCUGCCUCGGCCUCGUCCACGCCACGUCGGGCCACGACUACGCGGCUUCGGCCAUGGGCUGGAACCCGCGCAGGAAGCGCGACGAGAUGCUCGACGCCGACAUGAUGUAUCUCCUGCUGCGCCCGGCCCCCGCUGUCCAGAGCUGCCACGACGCCAUCCUCGGCUUCACCUCCUUCAUGUUCACCCACGACGACCCCCCACACCAAGACCGCCCCGUCCUCUACAUCUACGAGAUCCACCUCGACGAGCGCCUGCGUGGACAAGGCCUCGGGCCCCGCCUCAUCCAGUUCGUCGAGAACGUGGCGCGCGCAUGCCACAUUAGAAAGACGAUGCUGACCGUCUUCACGGCAAACACGCGCGCAAAGGGCAUGUACCACAGCUUGGGCUACAUCAGGGACGAGUGCAGCCCCGACGACAGGACGACGAGGAACAAGGUCAUCCCCGCCGAAUAUGUCAUCAUGAGCAAGUCAAUUGACUGA